AUGCAAACGCCAAGUGCAUUUCGCCCAGUCACACAACAGACCCGGAGCUAUUACACGAUCAUGGUCUCGGCAAAUGAAGACCCCGUGAACAACUCGCUUGAGAAGGUACUUCUUCCGCCAAAGAAGCUUUCUGCAGCCCAGCCAACCAAUUUGAGAACAAAAGCAGUCAAGAAAAUCGACCGCAAUUGGACUUUGAAUUCCACAAAGUACGUCAUGCUCAAGUAUAGACAUUGGCAAUUGGUCCAUAGGAGAUCAGUCACCUUUGUCGAUUUACUCAAUUCCAUGUCUAAUGACUUACAGAAGUACUUCUACCUCAAGAAAAGCCCUUCCCAGAUCAAAGACAAAAUCAACAACACUAAAGCUGGCUACAUCUCUUUAUUAGACACAAUUAAAACGGAAAAGACGGGUGAAGCCUCGGUGUCAAGCAACACCUCUUCCAAGAAAAUCCCAAAUGAUGUGUUUUUCUUCGUUGACAGGUUUUACAACGCCCAAAGAAGUGUUUUUGCUGAGGACGUCGUAGCUGAAAUAGACAUCACACUGAAAGACGAAAAGCAGAAACUUCACUUGAUGAUCCAUUGA